CCGACACAGUCUGUGGUCGUCGGUGAGCGUUGAAAGUUGAUAAAAAAUGUCCCAGAUGCAGCUGUUGAGGUUGUUCAUCAGUGAGCGGCUGAGUGCGGCCGCGGAGGACAUCUUCGCUGCGGUGCAGAGGACGGUGACCGAGCGCGAGGAAGAAGCUGCUCGCUCAGAACGAGACGCUGACCAACAUGGACUUAAACAAGAAGUGCAUGUGCACAAUGACGACGCCCCACAGGUCUUUGUCUGUGCACAUGAGCAGAAACACUUCGAGCAGCAGUGGAGUCCUGAGAGCUGCCACAACAACCCCAGUGUGGACCAGGAUGACACCGGCCUGCUGGCCCCAGAGCCUCCAGCAAUCAAACAGGAACAGCCGUGGAGCAGUCCGGAUAUGGAGGACGCUGAUACCAGCACUGGGAAAGUGACGCCCACUUACAUGACAAGUUGCAUUUUCUCAGACAUGACUGAGUUACAAACUCAUGACACAGGAAAUGAAGACAGAAAGCCUGUAUCGGUUGAGGGAACUGCUCAGUCGAGCAGUGAAUAUUGGACUCUUUUGCCAGAUUGUUCUGUGAGUCUGAACAACAUGGGGCCUGAGUUGGGUUUAGCCACGCAGACGGGCUACAGUAUCGGUAAAGUCCACACGCAGAGCCCCACAGGGAGAAAGCAGCUGACUAAAAGUUGCGAACCACACAGCCCAACUCCACCAAAUAAAGAGACGAAGAGCAGCAGCAAAUCCUACCGCUGUCGUUUCUGUGGCAAAGAAUUCAGCCACAGCGCACAUCUGGCCACACACGCACAAAUCCACACCAGUGAGAAACUGUUCAUCUGUGAGGUGUGUGGUAAAGAGUUUCGACACGGCAACAGUGUGAACGUGCACAUGAGGAUUCACACGGAGGAGAAGCCAUACCGUUGCAGGAUUUGUGGGAAAGAGUUCCGCCACGUGGGCAACUUGAACGUACAUACGAGAAUCCAUACGGGAGAGAAACCUCACACAUGCACAGUGUGCGGGAAGAAGUUCAGUCGAAAUAAUUUGAUGACAAAACACAUGGCUGUACACACAGGUGAAAGGAGUUUGAACACGAAGAGUGUGUUGAGAAGAGGUUCAGUUGGCCUGACUUCAUGAGAGUUAAGCACUGGUGGAAUAUCCAGUUUUCUGUGGGACAAAGGACAAAUCUGUGACAAUUCAAAGCUGUGAUUCAUCUUAAUACCUUUUGUAGAUGAAUCAUUGUACAUUGAUAAUAGUAUAAUAGUUAAAGCAUCAAAUGAUCUAACAUCUAAACAUUCUGGUUACUGUAGCCCAAAGAUCAGUAUGAGAAGUAACCGAUCAGACCUUGUUAAUAAACUUUUAUCCUGAUUAAAAUGGUAAUUUCAUUUCCAUUCUCUAAUGCUGAACUACAGACUUCACCUACAAACUCGUUCUGCUCAGUGAACUUCUUUUCUGAACUAAAACAAGACAUUUUUUCUCAUUUCACGCUUUUGACUUGGAAUGUUAUGUCGUGUGGUUGCCUAGUGACGGAUUGUCAACAAUGUCGAAAAUGUCUUCCGUGAAGAGAAGGUUGAUCAAAACCCUCGCCGAAACCAUCUCCAAACAAGUGGAGCACUUCAAUAAAGCAGAGGUGGAGUGUCUAAUCCACGCCUUUAACGUGCUUAUGAGUGAGCCGACUGUUCCCGGAAGAGCAGUGACCGGCCUGGACAGAGGGAAGUUCAGGAGCAUGCUGCAGAACACCUUCGGCAUAACCGACGACAUUGUGAUGGAUAGAGUCUUCUGGACAUUUGACAAAGACAACGACAGCCUUAUCAGUAUGAAAGAAUGGAUUGAGGGACUGUCUGUUUUCCUUCGAGGGACCUUGGAUGAACAAAUAAAAUACUGCUUCCAGGUGUAUGACUUGAACGACGAUGGCGACAUCUCCAGAGAGGAGAUGUAUCACAUGCUGAAGGACUGCCUCCCCGGACUGUCCUCUGAGGAACGUGAGGAAGGAGUCAAAGACUUGGUGGAGAUCACGCUCAAGAAGAUGGACCAUAACCAUGAUGGCAGACUGUCUUUAACUGACUUUGAACAGUCAGUUAGAGAGGAGAAUCUACUACUUGAGGCUUUUGGAACUUGCCUCCCUGACGUCACGAGAAUUGAGACAUUUGAGCAGCAUGUAUUUCAAGAACUGAAACAAUGAAGGAAUCACAUUCAAGUGCUAUUUCAGAAAUAUAUUCUUUAAUAAAAAUGUAAUAGCUGUUUGAAUUGUGGGGCAACAUUUGUAAAUAAAAGCAAUCUGCCAAGGGAAACGGUUUGAAUUGUAAUUUUCCAAAAGAAUCUCCAGAAAUUCCAGCAUUAAGGCAGCUCAUUGGAUCAAAUCCGACGACGUGGUUUCAGCUUUUUCUCUACUGGUUUAAGGCCAGGAACGGAUUCCACCUGAGAACAAAGACAAAAUGUAUUUUACUAACACAAAUAAUGGAAUUAAAGCUACAGUGAAGAAUUAGUUUUAUUCUGACUUUCAUUAAAAAAAGAAAUCUGACUAUAGGAUACCUUAUUCAUCGUGUUCCUGAUCAGGUUUACAGUUGUGUUUAGUGACUCAUCCUCCAUGUCCAGUUUGGGAGGUUCCGGUAGCUUUGGCCCAAUAAGUGUCUCAUUGUUUCUAGUAACAUCAGUCGGUGAGUGCUCCGCUGCAGCUUCCAUCUUGCGUUUCCUGUUCUCCAAGUGUGUGGUUCUUGGGACAAAUCUGGCUACUGUAGAAGACUGACUUGAGGUCAGUCUGCGUUCUGUGUCUCUGUCUGAAGAGGUUUGGCCGGAGCUUGAACUGGGCCCUUGCUGCUGUUUUGUGUCAAUGACGGCAUUAUGUAAUGUCCCCAUUUUGUCUUCUGUCGGUAUAGUCCCAUGUUGAUUUUUAUGCCAGUAGUAAUGGUAUUCCUGGGGAGGUAAUGGCAGUAGAGGAAAGUCUGAAUAGUGGCUGAUGUUUGACUUCUUCUCUGAAUUAUCAUUGUCGGAGGUUUUAUCACGUCUGGGGAUGACCGUCUCUGAUGUGGUGGCUGUGUUUGAUGACGUGGUCUCCUUGUUUACUGUCUCCUUGUUUACGGCCUCCUGUUUCCUUUCUCUUGCUUUGAAACAAUAUAAGAGAGAAAAAAAAAACACAGUUCAAGUUCAUGUUUGUCAUUCCAACUAUAAAGACAAAAUAAAACAUUUAAUUAAAUAAAAUAUCUGAGUUAUUUCAAAUAAAAGUGCAUUAAAAGUAGUAGAACAUGAUACUAAGUAUAUGUACAACGUAUCUACCAAUAUCACAUCAGUUUAUUGGUGUUUUCUGUAAGUGCAUACAUCUAAACAUGAUGUUAAAUUGUACCUUUAUUCUGAACAGCCCUGAUAACAUAUCUCCUCCUGUCUUGAAGCUUCAGCCUGGUGUCUUCCAUAGUCUCAUAUUCUGGGACGUAGCACACAUGCAGCACACCACCGUAAAAACUCUUCUCAUCCAUGCGUCGUUUGGCUGCUCUGAAACAGACAGUUUAAAGUUAUUUAGCCAGUCUAUUCAACUUUUCCAGUACAGUAUAAUGAACACGGUACGUUAGUAACACGCUGUACCUGGCGCUGGUGAGUUUCUGGAACUUAACAAGGUAGACCUCCGUGAAUUCCUCAGCAGGGUACUCGUCCAGGGGCCUGUACUCCUCCACAGCUCCGUACAGGGCACACAGUUGGAUCAGCUCUGUCAUCACCCCGAUGGCUGGGACCCCUUGGACCAUCAGGUAACACGACUCUAAAUUGAUGGUGUACACCUGAUGAUGCACAAGACAAAUAUGAUGACCUAUACUCGACAAUGAGCCACACUAGAAUAUGUCUGUAUUGUCUAUAACGACGUUACCUUUAAGAUAAGAGUCGCAGGCUGCAGCGUCUCUUAUCUUCAGAUUUAUGUUUUUUUUAAUAACUUAUAUCGAGCUAAUUCAUACCUUAACCGCUUUAUCUCUUCUUCCAUCUCUAUAUUUAGGUCGAGAAAUGCAUAUCUUCUGCUGUUCGUGGUGUUUAUAAACAUCUGGGACGCGCCAACAGUC